CUGUGAGUCAUUAAAUGUUGGGAUAAAUGGACAUGGACUCUCCUGUGCUUCAAUAAUUGCUUCACAAAAAGUUUCUGGGGCACAAUUGGGAGAAUUCUUUUUGGGUGAUGUUGGAGGAAAUUCACCUCCACCUAACAUUGCGGUGUAUGCAUUGGUUGUCCUUGUUUGACAAUGAAAGAAGAAGAUAUGGUUUAUCGCAUUAAGGCUGCAAUUCAGAAAAAUGUGAGUAUGAUUUCAAUGUCGUUAGCACAAAGUCUAUCUUUCAUGUGUGACUGGUCAAGUGGUGAUUUUCAUGUGAAGAAUAUCGCGUCCUUACAAGCACUACGAGCUGAUAUUGUAACCGUGGUCGAGUCGUUAAAUGCGUUCCAAGGAAAUCAAUGGAAAAAGUUAAGAAUGGAUGAAAUAUUGGAGAUUCUUCUUGCAUUAUGUACUGUGAUAACUGAUAACCAUUCAGGAGAUUUUGUGAUUAGAAAAGGUUCCAUUGACAAUGAAAGUGCUUCUAGUCUUCUAUUUGUGCUCUACUUCUCUAAGGAGCAAAGUGCCAUCAUUUCUAACCGUGUGGAUAAGGAGUAUGUAGCUUGAAAUUUUCUUCCUUUAUUUUCACCAUCUAAUGCCUUAUUGACACUAUGUUUGGUUUAAGGAAUUAUGGAGGAAACAAAAUAAAAUUAUUUAAAAAAAUAAAAAUCUUACUUUUGUUUGGCUAUUAGAGAAAUUAGCGAGGAAAAAAUAGUUUUCUAUGAUUUUUAUGUUUGGUUGCUGUAAAGAAAGCAAAGGACACCCAGUUCGAAUACAAAUGCUAUCUAAGAUUGACAAUGAGAAUAUCCUGAAGUCUUCGUGUUCAAAAUGGGUUUCCCCUCUUUUUUCGGUCUGAAUUGGGAAGGAAAUGGUUUUCCACAUAUUUAAUACAAAAAGCUUACAAAAAGAUGAUCUAGCUUAUUUUAAUUUUAUUUUAUCUAGGCUUACAUAUAAUUUAGCGUAUGAGCUGGUUAUAUCAAACACUUAUUUUCAGUUUUCGAGCUCUCCAACUACCAACAACACUUUUCAUCUCCUAACCACUUUUUUAGCUUUGAAUCGGAGCAAAAUUGGACAUUUGAAGCUUGUAUAAGAAAAAAACUUUUACACAGUAGAAACAAAUAGGGAGUAUAUUAUUUCCACACAACAACAAGAUGGAUGUUGAAACCAUGGAACAUUUAAGAUUUGAAGGUUUGGUAAAAGGAAGAAGGGGGGAAAAAUUAAAGCUUUUAGCAUCAU